CUUACUUGGCGCAUCCUCAGCCCAUCAACCACAUUCCUGCGCCCACCGUCAUCAUUGCUCUACUGCGCAACUGCAUUAGUGUGUUAGUCAGUUAAUCUUUCACGUCCACCCAUCUUUCAACUGUUACCCACACAUCACGCAUCCCCUACCCAGCCCCCCCAAAAACAACAUUCGAACCGCGGUCGCCCUCGUGGAUUUUCCCAUCCAUGCGUGCAAUGUUCACCGGGUUGGCUGCAACCACUGCGACCGCCGACCCCCCGGAUUCCGGGCUCAACGCAUCCACGUCGCAGUUCUUUUCUCCCCCUCCCCCUCCUCCUCCUGCUGUGUCCGUCUCCGCUGCAGAUGAUUCCUUUGCGCGACGAAUCAAAUCCAAAUCCUCUCUGCGCAGUCUCCGCAGCCUUGGAAGCAACAGUACGCACGAAGACGACCCUGACGACACAUUCGACGCCAGCGCCGACAAGACCCUCAUUCGCCCUUCCAUCCUCCGUCGAUUAUCUCCCGGCCUCGCUGCCCGCGUCAAGCUUCUGGACGGCAGCAAUAGCAAAACAAACAGCCCGUCCCGCGUGGGAGCUGUCGGUCGGAUCCCCGAAGAACAAAUUAAGGAGUUGGACAGCUUGCACCAGGACUUAUCGAUAAGGAUCCAGAAAAAGGGCCGCACGUGGAAUGGUCUGCACCGCAUCCAUAGGGAGAGGAAACCACAGUUCGGACGGCCACAACAACAACAGCAGCAGCAGCAGCAGCAGCAGUCGGAUUCGGGCUGCUUAGAAGUCCCCGACCCAGUGCUUCCGGAAGAACUACUCGCAGAAGAAGAAGAAGGGGAAUCUUCGGGGCAAACACUAGAACAGGAGGCCUCAACAUUAGUUCUCCAACCGGACGUGGAUCCGUCGCCUGUGGACUGGGAUCCUGACGCAAUCUUACCGAUAGAAGAGGACGCGACACAAGCGGUUUCAAAAGAGGAAGCAGAGGAACAGCGAAGGCUAGCGUACGACGAGUUAGCAUCCGACAUGGCUGCCGUCAGAUCAUCCCGACUACCACUCCGUCCGGGUUCAGUGAACGGAAUGCCGCCUACAGACCCGGCCGAGUUUGAAAAAUACGUCAAGAGUACCAGUGACAAUGAAUCAGUUCCCCCUCCUCCACCACCCAAGGACUCACCCAGUCACCUGUCCAUCUCGUCCACGAACUCGCAAUCCUACUUCAAUCCCUUAGGACUGCAACGGUCCGAAUCCAUUUACUCAUUCUCCAGAGCCUCUUUCAGCAAUCAACUGUCACAACUUACCUCCAUCUCUCUCCCCCAACCGUCCCAUCUCGAAGCCAACAUUGCCUCGAUAUCGACCGCACCUGCAGCAGUAAGAGCACUCACGGGGGCUGCAGAACAGAUUCAAGUAUGGAUUAAAAAAGCGUCGGGCGUGUUGAGCGGACUGGAUGCGGAGGAUGACGUCGAAUGGGCCGCUGCCGGUGGACGAGAAGGCCUGGACGGGGUUGACGGAGCAAUCAUGCGGUUCGAGAAUUUAAUCAACGUCUAUGUCAAAGCUAUUGAGGACGUGCAGCUACGUGAUGAUAUCGAGAACGUCACCACCGACAGUUUGAAUGUUGUUGUCGAUCAGAUGGACGUCAUCAUCCAGAGCUGGUCACAGAUCAAGAAUCGACUUCGAGGCGUCAAAGAACAGGUGGAGUUGGCGAUGGAAUGGGAGGAGCUUUGGGGGACUGUCUUGGGUGAAGUCGGAGAGGAGAUUGAGAACCUUCGUCGGCUUGUCUUCGAGAUGGAAGAGAAACGACACUGGACCCUGGCGGGUGAACAGGAUUCGAGUGCCACAGGGCUGGACAUCAAUGAGCUAGAGACCAUUGUGGAGGAGACACCGGCCGGUGGGCGCCUGUCGACGAGCAAGCGGUUCAGUCUGGACCCUCUCCUCACAGCCCCGCCCACUUUAGAUACUCCUAUCAUCCAGACCCCACAGGACGACUCCAACAACUCCAACUUGAUUGCCCUGUUUGCGAGGAUUCAACCGCUACGAGCAUCGCUAGAUUUCCUUCCCAUGCGACUCUCCAUGUUCCAGUCGCGGGCAGAGCGAAUCUUUCCCAGCGCCUGCCAGGAAAUUGAGGACCGGCGCAACCAGCUCGAGAUGGCCUACAAGGACCUGGAGUCAGACGCAGAGGACUUGCGGAAGGAGCUGGACGAAGACCGAUGGAUUCUCGUAUUUCGCAACGCGGGCAGCCAGGCGCAGAAGAUGUUCGAAUCGGUCGAGCGAAGUAUUGGAAAGCUUCAGGAGGCCAUCGAGAUUAGCGCUCAGAUCCAUAACCCGGGGCAGUUUACCAAGCGGGUGGAAAGCUACGACGCCAAGAAGCAGCAUUAUGUCGCCGCCAUUGAGCGGGUGGUGUCAAUCAUCCAAAAGGGUGUGAAUGAGCGUCUAACGCUGAACGGAGAGAUCAUGCGACUUCUGUCAGACAUGACAUCGCGAGUCGAUGCUCUGAAGGCGAGUAUCCGUGUGAUGGACGCAUCACUGGAGGACAUCAGCUUCACACGAUCGCAACAUCUUCGCGACUCAAUCUCCAGCAUCCUCACUAUGGACAGCCCGCUGACCGGGAGUGUCGCCGACACGCCCGGCAGCUCCCCGGCUUCGUCGGUAGUGAUGACUCCGGCAACCGCGUUGAAACGAUCCACCACACCUGUCAACAACUCCAGCCGCCGUUGCAGCUCCGUGAGCUCGGUAGCACGCACGACGAUGUCGAAGGUGCGGCGCUAUUCUGGGUUGCCACAGGUUACAUCCAACCUGACGGCAAAGAAAGCGGCGAUCCCGAAGGCAGCACAUGGCGUGACCUCGCCCACUAAGCAAGUGGCCGCGACGCCUACGCCUGCGGCGCGAAAGCCACUACCGCGUCCGCCGCCCCUGCCCCCGGCUUUGGCUAACCGGCCGCGGUGGACCAACAGUACCAACCUCAACGAUCUGGACCCUUACAAGUCGACUUCGCUCAAUACACCGUACCGCAAGACUUCUGCCACGGGCCGUAACUCACGCCCUUCUUCGACACUGCCCAUGACCCCGUACCGUCGUGACAUGUCGGUCUCACCGGCGCCGAUGAGCGCGCGGUCGGCGAGCCGGGUGUCGAGCCGUCUGGCGUCGCGCAGCCCCGCGCGAAUGGUAUCCCCCACGCCCAAUCGGUCCAUCCUGGACCCUCCGCCGUACAGCAAGCUGCGCCGGCCCGAAGGAUUGGCCAGUGCGCCCCGCAGCCGGCAGAGCUUCGCGGGCCUCUCAUUCAGCCGCAGUGUGUCCCAAGACCACAGCCGCGGCCUGGCGAGUCCAACCAAGGCGCCGCCGACGCCACGGCCCGAGACCUCGCUCGGCCACUCGAGCCACCGUCGCAUCAGCUUGAUUCCAUUGCCCAAAGGCCGGUCCGGCAAGGACAAUGCGCCUGGCACGCGCAGCAAGCUCGGGGAGCGACCUCCCUGGCGGGGCUAGUCGCGACCCAGCGUUUCCGGGAUUUAUUCUGUUAUUUCACCCAAUGUAAUUUAAAUGGGAGUAUUGCGGUUCGGGAUUAUUAUUUUUUUUUACGUGUGGGAGUGUGUGAUAUAGCAGAUUUUGCGUGUCUUUCUUUGCAGAUUGAUAUCCCCCUCGCGCAUUUUUAGCGGUGUAUGGCAUUCAUUUAUUCAUUAU